AUGCCUCCCAGACUCCAAUUGACGCCGCAAAUACGCGCGGCGCUCGCGCCUCUUCCCAUGAGGCCGGCGACGCCCUCCCUCGCGACCCUCUUCACCCGACUGUCCCUCCAGAACAUCCCGGCGGCCGCGACGAUAGCCGGGGCGAGGCGCGGCGCGCACAUUCUCGCCACGUUGUCGAAUAACCCGGGCGCUACGAGGAAUAAGCAGAGGGUUGGUAGGGGACCGUCUUCGGGGUACGGUAAGACGUCGGGUAGGGGUCAGAAGGGUAGGAAGGCUAGGGCGAAGGUGAAUGCUUGGUUUCAGGGUGGUCAGACGCCUUUGAUUCGGAUCAAGGGUAAGAAGGGUUUCGAUAACCACAACGCACAACAACUCUCCGUGACAAACCUCGACCAAAUCCAAGAAUGGAUCGACAAUGGCCGCCUCGACCCAACCAAGCAAAUCACCCCCAAAGAACUCAUCGAAUGCGGCAUCCUCGGCUCCGUCAAAGACGGCGUCAAGCUCCUCGGCCGCGGCAAAGAAACCUUCAGCCACCCCAUCAACAUCAUGGUAUCCCGGGCCUCGUCCGACGCCAUCGCCGCCAUCGAGCGCGCGGGUGGCCGCAUCGUAACCCGAUACUACACAAAGCUGGCGAUCCGGAGGCUGCUGGCGGGCACGAGCGUCAACACGGAGAAGCCGUUGCCCGUGGGCAAGGAGCACGUGGAGGCGGUGCUGGAGGAGGCGAGGCAGGGCCCGUUCAAGUAUAGGCUUCCGGAUCCGACGAGCCGUUGGGAUAUAGAGUAUUACAGGGACCCGGCGCAUAGGGGUUAUUUGAGCCAUUUGUUGAGGCCUGGGGAGAAUCCUUCUUUGUUCUUUGGUGUGCCGGUUGAGAAGAGAACGAAGAAGAAGGUGCAGCAUAAGAAGAAGGUGGUUGAGGAGGAGAAGAUCUUCUAA